ACCAAUAAAGUUUAUUCUGGAAACAAAAGGAAAAAAAGGGGGGAGGGGGGGCGACAGAGAAAGGAGACGACGGGGGCGGGGGCCAGCGAGGAGAAGGGAGCGAGAAGGAGAAAGCGGCAGUUCCGGUGCCGCUGCCGCCGCCGCGGCCGCUGAGGUCUCGGGCUGCCGCCGCCGCCGCCGCCGCCGCGGCUGCUGGGGCUGGGGCCGCCGGCAAGGCAGGGCUCGGGCCCGGCCGGGCAGCUCCGGAGCGGCGGGGGAGAGGGGCCGGGAGGCGGGGGCCGUGCCGCCCGCCCUCCUCUCCCUCGGCGCCGGGACCCUAUGCGGCCAGCGCCGCCGCGCCUGGAGGAGCCCGGAGAGUCUUCACCUCUCCAGGCCAGUGUUCUUAGGAAGAAGCAGGUAGAGAAAGAAACCACAGCUUCCCCAGUGUCCCAGUAAACCCAGGGUCAUAUUUAUAUCAGCUGAGCAAUACCGUUUACCCACAUGGAUUAUUAGUGCAGACCCGCCCUUACCAAGAAAUAAAUGCAGAUUAAGACCUUCUGAGAAUCGAUCGAUUGUUCCUGCCUUGGAACAGCCACACAUCUGACUGCUUAAAGUAGUUUUCUAUGUAAGACUUGUAACAGGCCGGAACAAUGCCUCCAAGACCAUCAUCGGGUGAACUGUGGGGCAUCCACUUGAUGCCCCCAAGAAUCCUGGUAGAAUGUUUACUACCAAAUGGAAUGAUAGUGACUUUAGAAUGCCUCCGUGAGGCGACAUUAAUAACAAUAAAGCAUGAACUGUUUAAAGAAGCGAGAAAAUACCCUCUCCAUCAACUUCUUCAGGAUGAAUCUUCUUACAUUUUCGUAAGUGUAACCCAGGAAGCAGAAAGGGAAGAAUUUUUUGAUGAAACCAGACGACUUUGUGAUCUUCGGCUUUUCCAACCCUUUUUAAAAGUAAUUGAACCAGUAGGCAACCGGGAAGAAAAGAUCCUCAACCGAGAAAUUGGUUUUGCUAUCGGCAUGCCAGUGUGUGAAUUUGAUAUGGUUAAAGAUCCAGAAGUACAGGACUUUCGAAGAAACAUUCUUAAUGUUUGUAAAGAAGCUGUGGAUAUUAGGGAUCUUAAUUCACCUCAUAGUAGAGCCAUGUAUGUGUAUCCGCCCAAUGUAGAAUCUUCACCAGAAUUGCCAAAGCACAUAUAUAAUAAAUUAGAUAAAGGGCAAAUAAUAGUGGUGAUUUGGGUAAUAGUUUCCCCAAAUAAUGACAAGCAGAAGUAUACUCUGAAAAUUAACCAUGACUGUGUGCCAGAGCAAGUCAUUGCUGAAGCAAUCAGGAAAAAAACCCGAAGUAUGUUGCUAUCAUCUGAACAGCUCAAACUCUGUGUUUUAGAAUAUCAGGGCAAAUAUAUCUUAAAAGUGUGUGGAUGUGAUGAAUACUUCCUAGAAAAAUAUCCCCUGAGUCAGUAUAAGUAUAUCAGAAGCUGCAUAAUGCUCGGGAGGAUGCCCAAUUUGAUGCUAAUGGCUAAAGAAAGCCUUUACUCUCAGCUGCCCAUGGACUGUUUCACAAUGCCAUCUUACUCCAGGCGCAUCUCCACAGCGACACCCUAUAUGAAUGGAGAAACAGCUACCAAAUCCCUUUGGGUUAUAAAUAGUGCACUCAGAAUAAAAAUUCUGUGUGCAACCUAUGUGAAUGUAAAUAUUCGAGAUAUUGACAAGAUCUAUGUCCGAACAGGUAUCUACCAUGGAGGAGAACCAUUAUGUGAUAAUGUGAACACUCAAAGAGUACCUUGUUCAAAUCCCAGGUGGAAUGAAUGGCUGAAUUACGAUAUAUACAUUCCUGAUCUUCCUCGUGCUGCUCGACUUUGCCUUUCCAUUUGUUCUGUUAAAGGUCGCAAAGGUGCUAAAGAGGAACACUGUCCACUGGCCUGGGGAAAUAUAAACUUGUUUGAUUACACAGAUACUCUGGUAUCUGGAAAAAUGGCUUUGAAUCUUUGGCCAGUACCUCAUGGAUUAGAAGAUUUGCUGAACCCUAUUGGUGUUACUGGGUCUAAUCCAAAUAAAGAAACUCCAUGUUUAGAGUUGGAGUUUGACUGGUUCAGCAGUGUGGUAAAGUUUCCAGAUAUGUCAGUCAUUGAAGAGCAUGCCAAUUGGUCUGUAUCCCGAGAAGCAGGAUUUAGUUAUUCCCAUGCAGGACUGAGUAACAGACUAGCUAGAGACAAUGAAUUAAGAGAAAAUGACAAAGAACAGCUCCGAGCAAUUUGUACACGAGAUCCUCUUUCUGAAAUCACUGAGCAAGAGAAAGAUUUUCUAUGGAGCCACAGGCACUAUUGUGUUACAAUCCCAGAAAUUCUACCUAAACUGCUCCUGUCUGUUAAAUGGAAUUCUAGAGAUGAAGUAGCUCAGAUGUAUUGCUUGGUAAAAGAUUGGCCUCCAAUCAAACCUGAGCAGGCUAUGGAGCUCUUGGAUUGCAAUUACCCAGACCCUAUGGUUCGGGGUUUUGCCGUUCGAUGCUUGGAAAAAUACCUCACAGAUGACAAGCUUUCUCAGUACCUAAUUCAACUAGUACAGGUCCUAAAAUAUGAACAGUAUUUGGAUAACCUGCUUGUGAGAUUUUUACUCAAGAAAGCGUUGACUAAUCAAAGGAUUGGACACUUUUUCUUUUGGCAUUUAAAGUCUGAGAUGCACAAUAAAACAGUUAGUCAGAGGUUUGGUCUGCUUUUAGAGUCCUAUUGUCGUGCCUGUGGGAUGUAUUUGAAGCACCUGAAUAAGCAAGUUGAAGCUAUGGAAAAACUUAUUAACUUAACUGACAUUCUCAAGCAAGAGAAGAAGGAUGAAACACAAAAGGUACAGAUGAAGUUUUUGGUUGAACAGAUGAGGCGGCCAGAUUUCAUGGAUGCUCUACAAAGCUUUGUCUCUCCUCUAAACCCUGCUCAUCAACUAGGGAAUCUCAGGCUUGAAGAGUGUCGAAUUAUGUCCUCUGCAAAAAGGCCACUGUGGUUGAAUUGGGAGAAUCCAGACAUCAUGUCAGAGUUACUCUUUCAGAACAAUGAGAUCAUCUUUAAAAAUGGAGAUGAUUUACGGCAAGAUAUGCUGACACUUCAGAUUAUUCGUAUUAUGGAAAAUAUCUGGCAAAAUCAAGGUCUUGAUCUUCGAAUGUUACCUUAUGGUUGUCUGUCCAUUGGUGACUGUGUAGGGCUGAUAGAGGUCGUGAGGAAUUCUCACACAAUCAUGCAGAUUCAAUGCAAAGGGGGCCUGAAGGGGGCCCUGCAGUUCAACAGCCACACACUGCAUCAGUGGCUCAAAGACAAGAACAAAGGAGAGAUAUAUGAUGCAGCCAUUGACUUGUUUACACGUUCGUGUGCUGGAUAUUGUGUCGCUACCUUCAUUCUGGGUAUUGGAGAUCGUCACAAUAGUAACAUCAUGGUUAAGGAUGAUGGACAACUGUUUCAUAUAGAUUUUGGACACUUUCUGGAUCACAAGAAGAAAAAAUUUGGUUAUAAACGAGAGCGUGUGCCGUUUGUUCUAACACAGGAUUUUUUAAUAGUGAUCAGUAAAGGAGCCCAAGAGUGUACAAAGACCAGAGAAUUUGAGAGGUUUCAGGAGAUGUGUUACAAGGCUUAUCUAGCUAUUCGGCAGCAUGCGAAUCUCUUUAUAAAUCUUUUCUCAAUGAUGCUUGGCUCUGGGAUGCCAGAACUACAAUCUUUUGAUGACAUUGCCUAUAUUCGGAAGACCUUAGCGUUAGAUAAAACUGAGCAAGAGGCUUUGGAAUAUUUCAUGAAACAGAUGAAUGAUGCACACCAUGGUGGCUGGACAACAAAAAUGGAUUGGAUCUUCCACACAAUUAAGCAGCAUGCUUUGAACUGAAGUGACAAGUGAGAAACGGAAAACUCAGUAUCUGGAUUCUAUCUGGCACUGUUUUAACUACCAACAGACAAAGACUGAUUGCAUAGGAAUUGCACAAUCCAUGAACAGCAUUAGAAUUUACAGCCAGAACAGAAAUAAAAUAUGAUAUAAUUUAAAUAAUGUAAACGCAAACAGGGUUUGACAGCACUAAACUAGUUCAUUUCAAAAUUAAGCUUUAGAAUAAUGCGCAAUUUCAUGUUAUGCCUUAAGUCCAAAAAAAGGUAAACUUUGAAGAUUGUUUGUAUCCUUUUUAAAAAAAAAAAAAAACAGAAAAAAAUAUAUAGAAAUGAUGGCGAAGGAAAAAAAUGAUGUUUUUUUUUUUAAUCUUGCAAGUGCUCUAUGUUUUGAAAUGUGGACACAACAAAGUCAAUUAAUUGCAUUAGGUCCAAAUAAUCUAGAGUUUAACUACAUUAAGAUUGGAAAUAAUGAAAAUUUCUUCUUUUUCCCAUUGCUAUCCAAUUUAUAGUUUGAAGUGAGGUUUUUUUUUUUUUUUUUUUUUGACUCCUUGUUUUAUGAAGAAAAUGCUUGGGAUGAAAGGGAUUUUCCUUUUUAAUAAAUCAAACCUAUUGAUAAUUUUGGGGUCUGACAUGCAAAAUUUUGGAAGGAAGCAGUCACAAAUGAGAUAUGUUAUAAUGUGGUGUAUGGGAGGGUUUUCUGGACAGUAUUUACAAGAAUCUGAUUCUUAUCUUCCAGGGAAAUUCUAGACUCCCACAGAGUAAAAUAAUCAUCAUAUAGAAAGAAUGAGCAUAAAUAGUUCUUGCUCCAGAAUUGUACAGUACUGAUCUUAAGUUGAUUUUUUUUCUCUCUCCUUUUGCAAUUGAAUACAUUUUUCAUGCAUGUUUUCCAGAAAAUAGAAGUGAGUAUUAAUGUUAUUAAAAAGAUUAUUUUUUUUAUUAAAGGCUAUUUAUAUUAUAGAAACUAUCAUUAAUAUAUAUUCUUUAUUUACAUGAUCUGUCCAUAGUCAUGCAUUGUUUUGCACCCAAAUAUUUUAUUGUUCAUAGUAGCAUGGUCAGCUUUUCUUGUGGUCUAUGGGUGAGGCUUAGGCACUGUCCCAUUUACACCAACGAUUAGUGUAUAACUUCAUAAAGAAAACAUUGAAUUUCAUCAUCAUCUUUGCUUUUAUUUCUUUCUUUCCAUGUGAGUAGAUUCUCCAUCUUACAUAGUCUUUUAGAUUUGAGAACAUCUCAAUCAUGUUAAACUAGUUACCAAAAUUAACACAAUGUACAGUAUCUUCGUGAUUGCUUAAACCCCACUGUUGAGGUAAACUCGGGAAUAAUACCUUAUAACAUGGGGGAAUAGAAACCAUGAACUCCUUACCACUUCAGGCUAUUUAUUGAACAACUCUAGUAAAAAUAGGACUUUGAAACCAUUUUAAAAUCAAGUCUCAUUUCCCAAGGGCUUAAAUUCUGACUUACUUAAAUCGCAUCUCAGCACAGGAAACACUCUUAAAUGUCUUGAGAAACAUUAACUCAAGGUGUACAGGACUAAUGCUAGUCAUUCUAGAAUCUGAUAUUUUCUCAGUAUUUAAGAUGAGUUAUUAAUGUCCUAGGAAAUAACUUUUAGCAAGCACCACACCAGAAAAAGUGCAAUAAUUCUCUGACAGUUUUCUAGGUUAGGCAGAUCACUAGAAUACAACUCCAUAAAAAGAGACAUUGUAUUCUCUAGUAAAACAGCAUCUCUUAUGAAUAUGAAAUCAGUUUCCCAUAGUAGAAGUCUUACAAGAGACUCUAAUACAAAUACUCGAAUAUUUGACUGUUUUAGAACCCUUAAAGGGGCAUUUAAGAACUCUUAAAAUUAUCUGGAAAUUUAGGUACCUCACUAAAGCAUGUGUAUAGUAUGACCAAGAAGAAAAAUAAAUCUAAAAAUUAGGAAAACAUUUCUUUAAAGUGUCUUUGAAUAGUUAGAAAGAACUUAAAUCCAUCUUGCAUAGAAAACUAGAAAGAUUCUUUUACACAAAGAGCCAGAAAAGACUCAUUGCUUACUAAAACACCAUAACAGUUUGUCUUUAGAUACAUUCAGCUAACACAUACUGACAUCUAGACCUUUUCUGUAUCGGAAUGAUUACAGGAAAACUCAGUGAAAUGGUACAAAUCCAAAACUUUGUUGGAAAAGAAAGACUUAACAGAGAACUGUGUUUUAUCCAAGUGCCAAAAAAGCCUUGAGUUUCCUUGUAGAAAAUGUAUUCUCUAUUUACAUUCUUCACGACAAUCCAGAGAGUGUUCUUUAGCCUCCCCCUGGAACUUCUCCACCAUUAAAACACAAACUGCAUAAUUUAUUGUUUAUAUUUAUUUUUCAAGAAUUUUUACAACUAAAUCAUCCUUUUUGAAGAAGUAUGGACAGAUUUAUUCAAAAUAUAGAUUCAGUGCAAACUAAGGAGCCUGGGGAGGUGGCACAGUUAGUAAGAUUAAGGUACUGAUAUUGGAAUCUGAGGCCUCAAGUUUGAUCUCCAGCAACCCAUGAGCCAGAGUGAUACUCUGGUGUUCAUUCUCUCUCUCUCUCUUUCUUUCCUCUCUCUCUCUCUCUACCCCCGAUCUUGUGUUAAUAAAUAAAUAAAAUAUUUAAAAAUAAAUGAAUAAAUUAGUUUAGACAAUCUAGAAGCAAAGUAAAUUUAUUCAAUAAAUCCAAGAAGACAGCAUUAAAUCUGUAAGAAAAAAAGAGCAGAUAAUGCUGAGAAAGCAAAAAACAAUUUGGGUUAAUGUGUGGGAUGACUUGGGGGUGCCCCCUCAAUAUCAAGGACCCUCUCUAUAUAGAUGGGUCAAUUCCAUUGACCAGCCAUUCUCAAUUGGGUCUACAGAUUUAUCUGAUCACUUGAGACAGUCUAUGACUGUCUUGAAAGGAAAAAGAAAAACGUGUUUAAAGAAAUGAAGUCUAAUUUUGAAUACAUUCUAACAAGAAAUAAUCAUGCUUUAACUUUUGAAUCAUGUUCUCAGCUAUACAAAAUUGUUUAUCUGGGAGAUUUUAGACUGCUGUUAAUUUGAAAUCUGUUGAUCAUAUUGUGGAUAUUGGUUGUUUUUUUUUAAUAAGAUGUUUUUAAUUGGAUUUUUUUAAGGAAAAUGGAAUCAGUCGCUAUUUUAUGAUAGAACCUAAACUUUUUUGUGGUUCUUACUGUCCUCUGUAAUACUUAGUAUCAAAAUAAUCAACUUAGAGGUUUUCCCUUCUAAUCUGCUUUAUAUUUAAGCCUUUAAGAAAUGGGAACCUGGUGAAUAUACAAUGAAUUGUAAAAUAUUUUAAUGUGUAACUUUUUCAACUGUGAAACUAUCUAUGACUUGGGUUUUUUUUUUUUUUUGAUGAAAACAGCUGCUGAUAAAGUAUUUUGUGUAAAGUGUAGUUCUUAUGAUCAGGAAAAUAAUGACUUGUAUAUCAGGAAAAUAACCAAUUACUUGUAUAUACCCCUUUGGAUUUUAUUUUAAAUGGAUUAGUGAUUUCACAUAGGUAAAAACACAGUCCAUCUGUAUUCUUUUUUCCAUCACAAAUCAAAUGAUUUGGCAUUAUAACAAAUUAUGAACAACCCAUCUGUUUUUAAAGACACCAUGGAAAUUUCACAAGACACAAACUUGGAUUUAUUUUCUAAUGAUUUUUGUAAACCCAUUUAAUUUAUAUUCAUAUAGCCUAUGCUUGCCAACUCUUUGAAGAAAUUUAAUUUCCAGCAUCAUUUUAAAGCCAACAGAUUAACUUUUUGUGAAUGUUUUAGGUUCCCUUUAUUUCUAUGUGUGUACAAACUGCAGACCUGGGCUGGACCCACACGUUCAGAAUCCUCCUUAAAAACUGAUUUUGAUGUCUAAGACAUCGAUAAAACAUUUCGGUUUAAAGACCAUAUGUGGUGUUAUGGAUUGUGGUGCUUCUAUUUAAAAACAACUUUUGUGCUUCAGUUUUUUUUUUUUUUUCUUUUUUGAGAAGAGGGGAAUGGGAUGGGGUGAGGGUGAUGGGUGGGGGAGGGUGUUAAAAUGGGUUAGUUGCAUAUUCAUAGCCGUCAUGCUAAGAUGGAGCACUAAGAAAAGGGUGAAAAUUGAACGUCUACUGUGUAUGUCAUGAGGGAAUUGACUCUUCAUCAACAAUGGUAUUGUGAAAGCUGAGCAUAGCAUUGGCUGGAUCCUCAAAGAAUAAUUCUUGGUGACAGAAUAAUACAGCUGGGCUGUUUUUUAAAAAUAUAAACAAACCAUUCUUAUUUUUAAAUUAUUACAUUAAAAUGUAAAUGUAGCUUAUGUGCCAUGGUCUGGGAAGUCCCCCGCUUUACCCCUAUUCUCUAAAAACCCUUAUUUUCACUUUCUGAAAAGAUUUUAGAGUUUGGCAGAAGACAAUUAUGAUCCUGACAGAAUUGGAUAAGUAACUACCUCAGAAGGAUUAUAAGGAAAAAACUAAAUAAGGGAGACAAUUUAAUACUACAGACUCUGAUAUUACAGACAUCUCAGAGCACUGUAUUUUAGAUUUAUAAUGUUAGUGUUGGCAUGCCUUGUUCUUACAGCAUGGGAGACAUUCAGAAAAAAAAAAAUAUAUAUAUAUAUAUAUAUAUAUUGGCUCAAAUUUAAUCCAUGCAACAGCCAUUUGGAAAAAGUUAUAAUGCCAGGAGAUUCAUGGUACUAGGUUCUCAAAUUUAGCAUUUGAAACUAGUUUUCUCUUUUCUUCACUGUUAGGAGAGCUGGUGUGUAUAUAUUGGCACACUUUUGAUUUGUAUACACUGUUUGCCAGCCUUGGCCAAUAGGCAUUUUUAUAAAGGGUGUGAACAUCGAGGGUCUAAAAUUCAAAAGAGUUUAGAAUUUAUUAGAAACCUAGUAAGUUGGGGGUGGGGGUUGUUAAGAUUUUAAACAAGCUUAUUUCAUUCAAGUAUUCCACUUGAUUAAAGUUAUGCACUUCCUUUUUAUCAAUGUAGUAGCAUUCCUCCUGCCUAGUUUUAGAUAUGUUAAUAUCACUAGUUAUGCAAGCUACUUUGCAUAAAGUUACAUUUAUAAGCCACAAGAAAAUCACCUGGCUUAAUUUUUACAAAACUACAUAUAGGAGUUUCAAUUGAUGGGGAAUGGGGGGUGGGAAGUCUAAUCAGUCCAUUGUACAUUUAGAGUAGUUAAGUAACUGGUUUUCACUACCAAUAGUAGGCUCCAUCCCUUGUGUUGUUAAUAGAUAUGGAAAGGGUUUUUUUAAUGCACUUUGUAAGCCAUUUAAGUUUAGAGAUCUGUUUGAAACCUUAUUUAGUCUUUCCUGCAAUAAUUUUGUGGUUAUUCUAGAGCCAUAUAUUUUAGGUGAUUCAUAUUUUUGUUAGUCCUUCUAGAUUACCAAGGAGACAAAAGCCUCACUGUUUUAUAUUUUCUUGGACUAUCUCUAAUAAGGCUAAACUCCUUAACUAUAGCAUGAAUUUCCAAAUGUGACCAUUAUCUAUUGACUUCAUUAAAGAAAAACCCCUAAUCAUAUUUUUAAGUUCAGUAUCCAAAAAAUGGUGGAAGAGAUUGGCCUUCAUCUGGUUUCUAGAAAUGUUUUUGGCUAUGAAACCCAAGUUUCAAAUGGAUUUAGUGGUUUCAAAAUCAGUCAGUCCUUGGAAUUAAUUGAGCUAGAUAAAACCUAAAAGAACAAAUUCUCUUGGUUGAUGGUGUAAUGGGUUAGUAUCUAGGAGGAAUGUGUCACUACCAAAAGGAGACUACUAUCAGUGAUAGAUCAAAUGUUUACUUUGGAAGCUUCAAAAAGCAGUUCCCAUCAUCCAUUUAAGACCCACUUAAUGUAGCAAAUAGAUUGCUCUAUAUUUUGUUACUCAAUGAACUGAAGUCCUGUGGUAUACUGCAUUAAUUAGGAGAAGAAUGUUUUUUUUAUGUUCUUUUAAUGGCCCAAAUAAGUAUUUGACACAGCAAGAUGCAUGUGUUACUGUACUGAGAAUAUAGAAUAAUCAUGUCACUAAAUUUAAGACCUCUUCCCAUUCUUGCAGUUCUAGCAAGAAGUUUGGCCUGUGACUGCACCUCCUGUCUGUGCUCAUCAAAAACUGUCAAUGUCUGCUUUUCUCUGACUUUGCAGUCUGUAUCAUCACUCUGCUUAUUAAAAAAGAAAAAAUUACA